UGAUUAAUAGAUCUGCUUUCAUUUAUCUUAUUAUUGUAAAUCGUCAUAGUUAAUGUUCUGUAAUUCACAAUUAUCAAAUAACUAUGAAGAAACAAUACUUCUUUGCGAUCUCAACUUUUAUUUAUACAAUUAUUGGUACAAAUGAAACAUUAAGUGAUGAACAACCAGUGGUCGAGUACUACAGUUUUCAAGAUAUUCAAUAUGUAUUUUUCUCCCAAAGAGUGCCCUGGGAAGAAGCAAAUAUACUUUGCAUUUCUUUCGACGCCAAGCUCGCUAUGUUAAAUACUAAUCUAAAAGCAACUAAUGUUGCUCAAUCAAUGGCAGAAUCAGAUAUAGCAAUGGAAGGUGCUUGGUUAGGUGGCCGCCGAAUCCACUCAACUUGGUAUUGGAUCGAUGGAAUAAAUUCCAGUUCAUCUCAAUACGUAAUUCCAUUAGAUCCAGACAUAGAUGAUUUUCCUCCAUGGUCUCAAAAACCUUUCAGGGCAACGAAGGAAUGUCUCGCUAUUGGCAGGAAAUCACAUUCGUUGCCAAAUUUCAUUGAUUUAGAUUGUAGACUGUUGAGACCUUUCGUUUGCGAGAAAAAGUCUGAUGAUUCCAUGAAAAGUCCCGUUCCAUCAAAAUGGGUAAAAAUCAACCAACAUGUUUAUACAUUAUACCACGGACGAGUCACUUGGGUAGAAGCAGUUAUAUUUUGCCGCGCACAAGGCAUGAGGUUGGCAAUUAUAAACAAUCAAAACGUCAUAAAUGCCUUAUCGAGCAGUAUGACGCAAUCUCGACCAGAUUUCGAGAAUGUAUGGAUUGGCGCAAGAUAUUCUUACGGUCAAUGGAUAUGGUUAGCAACUGGAUCCAUUUUGAGUUCACAAUCUGAUAAUUCUGGCUAUCCUCCUUGGCGUUUCGGAAAACCCGCAAAAAAUACCGGGUGUCUUUUACUCGACAGGCAUCUUGAUGAUAAGCCAACUUUCAUUGAGAUGUUUUGCGAGGGAAAAAGGGAUUUUGUAUGUGAAAAAUAUCCAGAGGGAGAACUUGAAGUUUGGAUGAACAAACCCAUCAAGUUUGUUUACGACAAUAUUUCUGUAACAGUCUAUCCUAUGGAGAAAACCUGGGAUGAAAGUAGAAAAUAUUGCGAGGAAAGAGGUAGUGUAUUGAGUUACAUCAAUAAUUGGCAGCUAGUUGAUAUAAUAGUCACUGCAAUGGGUGAUCAUCCCAGAGAAAUAAGCCACAUAUGGCUUGGAGGAUUAUAUAAUUUGAAUUUUAGUGAAUGGAGGUGGAUCUACAAUAAUGAAGUAAUACCCGCGAAUAACAAUAACAUGGACUUUCCACCUUGGGCAAACAGCAUUGUCGACAGCGAUGACUUUCUGGAAAAUUCAGUUUGCCUCAAUUUGGACCGUAUAGAUCAUACACAACCGCGUUUCUAUGGCCUAAAUUGCGAUAGCAAGCAAGCUUUCGCUUGUACGACAAAUUGCGAAAAUCCGCCACCUGUAGCAAAUGGAACAUGGAACUGUAUAGGUAAUAGUUACAAUAUUAAGGAUACAUUGAACACGUGUUCUCUACAAUGCGACGAAGGAUAUUUCACUGCGGGGAAAAAAAAUGUUGAUUGUUCACCUCAAAAUGGCUGGUUUAAUCAAUCCAAUUGGUUGGAAUUUCCUGUUUGUUUAGAUAUGAAAAACUAUUGGAAGAGAUUUACAAGGUCUUUAAGACAAGAUAUGCAGAAAGCUUCUGGAUAUUAUAUUCUGUUAUCUCAUUCUAAUGAAAAAUUCAAUCACCUUGGUUUACAAUUGACACGGAAAUUGUUAACUUUAUUUCCUUUGAAUGCACAACGAAGAAUGGGUAUGACAAAUUACUUUAAAACCAUUAGGAACAGCAUUCCUUUUAAUCAAAGUGACACAUGCACGGCUUUACAAUUGCUUUUGCCAAAUGAUAAGUUACAAUCAAAAGAAUAUACGAAUGAAUUGAAUUACACAGAUUGGUUCUCAGAUAUAAAAGUAGAUGGUCGCAAUGUUCUUAUAAUUGCCAUUCUUGAUUCUAUUGUUGCCAAACACAAUCAAGAGAUUUUAUAUAAACUAAAGAUGGCAGGUCAUUCCAUAGUAGUGAUUGGUUUGGAUGACGACUGGGAAUCUUUGACGCCUUUGGCAACAGUUAGAUUUGAUGGACAUUUUAACACGUAUCUCUUCAAUGAGGAGGGAUUUGAAACAGUCAUUGGCAAUCUGAAACGUGUGAAAGAUCAACAUCCGAUAUGCAAGGAGAAUAAUGAUAGCUUAACUGGAUAUACAGUAGUACAUGAACCAUCCAGGACAUUUAAAGUAACAACAACGCUCCAGCCAGAGCAGAUAACGGAAAACAACGUUAAUAUAUUGACAUCAAUAGAUAGCCUAAUUUCCCAAAUGGCGACGGAGAUCGAAACAAAUAGUUCAGAGAAGAAUCCAAUUCAGUCCAAUGAAAAAACAACUGUUAUAAGCGAAAAUUCGAAUCAAAAUAUUGACGUAAAUAAAAAUUUGCAUGAAAGGGACAGUAACGAAACGGACGAAUCGCCAAUUGAUACGCAUGAAAGCAUAUUGUCUGAUAAUCUGGCAAGAAUUAAAUCAAUACUAUCACUACCUUAGUAUCAGCAUCAAAUAAUAUAAGCUACAAUUCAUGUAGCCACAAUCACUUUUUUAUGGUAAAUGUUUUUAAUGAUAUAUCGGAUAUUUCGAAUAAACGUGUUCAAAAGAUUCAAUUUACAAUAUUAAUCCUUUAAGGAUGUUUUCUUGGCUGUAGGGGUGCUCAACCGCGGCUGCGUGCGGAAGGAUUAUAAACAGAUUGAAGCGGAAAAAUUCAGAACUGCUUCUCAGAGCGUCUAUUUUCUUACAGUUACUUGAAAAAUUUGAUAUGUGCUUUUGUUUAUUCAUAAAAAAAUAUAACUUUAAAAGUUACCAAACGUGUGACUUUGAUAAACAAAACUAUGUUACAAACUUUUGAAAAUCUAAAUUUUUUCAACACGACUUUGUUUAUUGACAUCCCUAAAAUGUAUAUACUAAAUAUAAAGUUUUAAUAUUAAAAUGAGAAAAAUAUGGAUGGAAGCGAUCCGGUGAAACGGCAUCUCGCGACGAACGUGAUUUUUAAUAAUAUUUUUGUUUAUAACACUUAAAAGAGAACCGGUUGGUAUUAUUUUCAAAAUGACAAUCUAUGCAGCAAAAAAUACGCUUUCUUUAUUCAGAGUAUCGCGAUUUUCUAAAGAAGCGUUUUAUGUUGUUUUUUGGCUAGAAUACAUUAAGACAUGGUUCCCCAUGUAUUUCUUCAUAAGAAGCAAAAAAAUCAUCUUACUUUCGAUAAAAACCAUAGAACUUUUCUUUAGAAAAUCGCGAUACUCUGAGCAAAGGAAGUGUAUUUUGUGGUAUAUAAAUUAUCAUAUUGAAAAUAAUACGAUUCGGUUUUAUUUUAAAAGUUGUAAGCGAAAAUGUUAUUAAAAUUGCGAGAUGCCGUUUCACCGGUACGCUUCUCUAUUUUCUCUUUUUAAUAUUAAGACCUUAAAUUUGAUGCACAUAUUUUAGGGGUAUCAAUAAACAAAGUUGUGUUGAAAAAAUUUAGAUUUUCAAAAGUUUGUAACAUAGUUUUGUUCAUCAAAGUUACACGUUUUGUAACUUUUAAGGUGAUAAUUUUUUAUGAAUAAACAAAUGCACAUAUUAAAUUUUUGAAGCAACUAUAAAAAAAUAGACUAUAAUAGAUAAAUAAACGCAAGUAUCCCCUUUUCCGCACGCAAUUGCGGUUGAGCACCCCUACAGCCAAGAGAACGUUCUUAACAACCAUAGAUGUCAUUUUUUAGACAUGUUUUUGAUCGCAAAAUUCACGUGUAAAACGAAACAAUAAAUUGAUCCAAGGAACCGUCUUUUAUGUUUCUGGGUAUGCUGAAUAUGAAUCUGGGCUCAAAAUUCAAAAACUUUGCUUACAAAAUUCAAUAUGACGGAUUUUUUAGAAGAAAAUAGUGAAAAACUUAAAAGUUUUUUAUUAUUAAUUUUGUUCUAGCAUAAAACACGCCAAUAUCAACAUCUUUCUUCAAUCAUCGAUACACAAAAUUGUUGAACUUUAACAGAAAAUUUUUAUAUAUAGGCUUUUUUUCUAAAAUGUCGGAUAAAAUGCAAAAACCUGAAAAAAAAUUCAUUUCUCGUUACCAUUGUUUUUCUAAAAAAAUAUUAGGUUUAGGAAAAAGUUUUAUAGAAGAAAAAUGUCUUAAAAUUUAUCAAGGAACACUUAAAUUUUUUCAAAUGUUUUUUUCAAAUGGUGAAAAUUUUUGAUUUUUCAAAAAGCCAUAAAAUUGAUAUUUCCAAGAGUUAUAAAAAAAAAACUGAAAUAUUUCUAGAUUAUUCUUUGGCUAAUUCUAUGACUUUUUAUUCUUAUAAAUUUUUUCCUAGUCAAUAGUUUUCGAAGAAAAUAUAAAAAAUGCAAGUGUUCUUUAAAACAUUAUAAGAAAUUUUUUUUCUUUAACCCUUGUUCCUAAACUUCAUAUUUUUUUAUAAAAACAAUGAUAACGAGAAAAGAAUUUUUUGCAAAUUUUUGCAUUUUAUCCGUCAUUUUGAAAAAGAGUUGCUAAAGUUCAACAAUUCUGUGCUCCGAUGGUUGAAAAAAGAUUUCGAUAUUGACGCGUUUUAUGCUAAAAAAAUGAUAAAAAUUUGUUGAAUUUUUCACAAUUUUUUUUGUAAAAAAUUUGUUAUAUUUAGUUUUUCAAGCAAAGUUUUUGAAUUUUGAGUACGAAUUCGGAUGUAGCAUACCCAAAAACAUAAGAAACGGUACCUUGGAUCACUUUGUUAUUUCGUUUUACACAUGAAUUUUGUGAUCAAAUACAUGUCCAAAAAAUAAUGUCUAUAACCGUUAAUAGGUUUAAUAAUUACAGCUAAUACAUAUUAAUCAGUCAUGAUUUGAAACAUAAAGUGUUGUAAACCAGAUUUGUGUACAUUAAAUAAGUAACA